AUGCGGUUGACCAUAAAUAUGAGAGUGCUGAAAGAUCCAUGGUUUUCUAAAUUUCUUUUAAGAGUCGGCGAUGGAAUUGAAGAACCAAUCGAAGGAAACUAUAUUCGCAUACCCGAUGACAUGACAAUUCAGUGCAACAACAGAGAAAACGCUAUAAAAGAAUUGAUCCAUGCCAUCUUUCCAUCAAUUGAAGAUAAUGUAUAUUCUUCAGAUUAUAUAAUCUCUAGAGCAAUAUUGUCCACUAAAAAUGAGAGUGUUGACGAGAUUAAUAAUCAAAUGAUUGAAAUUUUUCAAGGGGAGGAAAAAGUUUAUUACAGUUUUGAUGAAGCUGAAGACGAUCAACGUAACUUCUAUCCGGUCGAGUUCUUAAACUCGCUAAAUGUUAGUGGUUUGGCGCCUCAUAAGCUUCGUUUAAAAAUUGGAUGCCCAAUAAUAUUGUUACGUAAUAUCGAUCCAUCACAUGGCCUGUGUAAUGGCACGCAGUUGAUAUGUAAGGGUUUCAUGCGAAAUGUUAUUGAUGCGGAAAUUGCAGUCGGCCAACAUGCCGGAAAAAGAGUUUUUUUGCCAAGAAUCCCUCUAACCCUUUCUGAAGAUGACAUGUUCCCAUUCAAGCUGAAAAGAAAACAAUUUCCAAUUCGACUUAGCUUUUCCAUGACGAUUAAUAAAGCUCAAGGUCAAACAAUUCCGAACGUUGGUAUUUAUCUACCGGAUUCUGUAUUUUCACAUGGACAACUUUAUGUCGCGUUAUCAAGAGGGAUUUCAAGACAAAGUACGAAGGUGUUGGUACAUCUUGCCAAAGAAUUCAAACAACGCGGAGUUUACACAUCAAAUGUUGUCUACCAGGAAGUGUUGCGUGAUUAA